AAUCCAUUAAUCUCUCCGUAGACGUCCUCUCUCCCUCUUAUUUCUCGGGUCUCAACUCUCUAGAAUCGAGAACCGCUUCGUAGAAUCGAGAACCGCUUCGUUUCUUCUUCUUUCUCCGACGAAAUUCUAGUCUCCAUCUUCGUUCCUUUCGUAAGUGAGUAGUUUCCUCUGAGUAUUGCAUUGUUGAGAUGUAAUAAUUGAUGUUUGCUAUGCGGUUUGCAUUUGGAGUAAUUGACGGUGACUUGUGUUCUUAACAGCGUUUCUAACUUCUUGUACAGGAAAUGAAGGGCCGAAAAAGAAAGAAUCCAUCUACUACGUGCGUUGGAGUCUCCAGUAGAACUAGAGCUAGAAAGGCGGUCUCAGCUGGGAAUGAGCCGGCAAGAGAAACGACUGUAGUUUCUCUCUCUGUUGAUUCAGAAAGUGAUGACAUGUCUGAUGUAUCAUCUAAGGCAAGGCAACCACCACAGCCCCUUGAAUUAUACUUCAAGAGCACAGAGUUCACGAAGACUUGCAAGAUUCAAACCAAGUGCUUUGUGAAGAAUACAGUGGACGUGAUUAAGAAGCUUAAGGAGGAGGUUAAAUGGUUCACAACCCAUCCUCAAUUUCGUCACUUCUUCCACAUGCCUGAUGAACAAUACCUGAAGCUCCAAGGAAUGUGGAUGUUACUCUUGCGCACCAUUUCGACUGAAGAAGAAGAUGUUGCAUGGUUUAGUCUGAAUGGUGUUCCCAUCCGCUAUUCUAUGAGGGAGCAUGCCCUCAUCUCGGGCUUAGACUGCCAUGAGUAUCCAAGGAAAUAUUUGAAGCUCGGGAGUACGAAGUUUGUGGAUUAUUACUUCGGUGGACUAAAGAAGAUCACCAUAACAGAUGUGGAGCAGAAGCUGUUGUCUAUGAAGACGCCAUGCAAUGAUAGAUUGAAGAUGGCUGUCUUGUUCUUCCUUGGUCGGGUUAUCAGAGGACAGGCAAAGGAUUCCGGACCAGUAGAUCCGUUCAUCUUAAGGAUCGUGGAAGAUUUGGAUGUUUGCAGAACAUUUCCAUGGGGUCGUUUGACAUUUGAAGAUGCAAUAAAGAACAUUAAGCAUAUGAUGGAGCUUCUGAAGGGUGAAGUGCACCCGGCAUGCGGCUUUCCUGGAUUCAUAAUUCCAUUAGAGAUUUUGGCUUUUGAGUGUAUUCCUAAGCUGGGGAAAACAUUUCGACUAUCUGCAGACACACCUUCUGAAGAUUGUCCUAGGAUGUGCAAGAGCCGCUUUACAAAGAGUAGCAUGAAGGGCUAUCCUUUGGAAGAUAUAUAUGCUGCACUUGGACACACAAAGGUAUAUGUAUAUAUACUUUGUAGUAGAAACUAG